GACUCAACGUCUACAGGGCAUAUUGUGCAUUGUACGAUGAGUGUGAGAAGAUGGUGCAGAAAGUGUCCGAUCGCAAGAUGGUCCAAGAGACAUUAGUUUUGUGUAAGAACUAUCCAGGUGUUGCAAUUGGUCUUAGUCUACAGUCCUAUCUACUAACUCCUAUACAACGGUUACCAAGGUAUCCACUGCUUGUCAAGGAUCUCCUGAAAAAGACGGACGCUAGUCAUCCGGAUCAUACCUUGUUAACACAAGCCCUGGCCGAACUAGAAGGCAAUGCGCAGAAGAUUGACAUGUACAUACAAGAGCAGCGCAGUGUCGCUACUAUUAACUCACUCAAGAGAGAGAUGCCAACGGCGGAGAACUUCUUUGAUGAUACGGCUGCUAAUAUGAUCUAUCACACCGGAAUGGUGUGCCUAAGAACACCGCACAAACCAUAUCGUUGUAUUAUCUCUAACAAUAUCAUUCUGAUCAUUGGCGAGAAUGAGAGAGAAGAAGUCUUGUCCUUGCCACUAAGUAUAGUCUGGGUGUAUGACUUAGACGACCUAGAUCCACAGACGGAGUCAGAGAAUGCUCUAGAGAUUCUGACACCCGAUCGACCAUACACUAUCUAUCUGAAGAGUAAGAACGACAAGAAAGUCUGGUUGAAUAUGUUCCGACAAGCUAUCCAUGAUAACUUGGCAUCCAGUGAUUGUUUGGUGCCUAAUCCUGCUGACUUAGAGCGUGUAACGAAUUUAUCGCUCAUGUCACUGUCUAGCUCGGAUACUGCAGCCCUUGACACGAUGACGCGUACUGUCCGUCACUUCAUCCAGUCUGAGAAAGCGUUCUAUGAAGGUAUUUGGUGUGAUGCAUUACGCCAUGGCAGCGGUAAACAAGUCUAUGCUGACGGUACUGAGUAUGACGGAUGCUGGGUGGAGAACGAACGACACGGGUCCGGAAAGCUUUCUUUUGUUACAGGUGACGUGUACAUCGGUGAUUUUGUGACAGAAAAGCAGCACGGUCAUGGAACAUUAAAAUGGUGGAAUGGUGACACAUACACUGGUAACUUUGUCAACACUUUACCACACGGUGAUGGACAACUCACACUCUCUAACCGAGACUGCUUUCAAGGAAACUUUGUUGAUGGCUGUAUAUUUGGACAUGGCAAGUUGACCUGUACCGAUGGAACGCGGUACGUCGGCAAGUUUGAGCAUGGCUUUUUCCAUGGCAGUGGUGAGCUGACAACAACACUAGGUGAUAAAUACACCGGUGAGUUCUCUUGCGGCAAACCAAACGGUACAGGUGAAAUGACCUAUGACAACGGGCAAGUGUACAAGGGCACGUUUCAACAUGGACAGCGUCAUGGUAACGGUGAGUUGCUAUGCGACAACGGGGAACGAUACUCCGGUGGAUGGAAACAGGGCUUGAAACACGGCAUGGGAAAACAAGUUUACGCCGACGGACGCGAAUACAGUGGUGAAUGGCAGUUUGAUCUCUGGUGUGGCCAGGGUCAGCUACGCUGGCCGAACGACGACAUGUACACAGGUGCCUUCCUCAACGGACUUGUGCACGGGGCUGGCAAGAAACUGUUUUCUUCUGGCUGUCGGUAUGAGGGUAUGUUUGAACAUGGUCUACGGCAUGGCGCUGGUUGUCUGAUCACACCCUGCGCCAGUGUACUUCAUGAGUAUGAAGGAGAUUGGCAGUUUGAUCAGAGAAGUGGGAAUGGUAAAUGGACAGUUCGCACGGCCACUAUCGAUGAUGAUGACGCUAGUGUCGACCGAUAUGACUUCAUUGAGAUGUAUGAAGGUGAAUGGCUGCAUGAUCGACCACAUGGUGCCGGUACAUACACCAGGGCCAGUGAUGAGAAAACCACCUUCCAAGGAAAGUUUCAAAAUGGUUUGCGAACUGGAACCGGUACUGAAACUAUGCCUAGUGGCGCUUGUCGAGGCUCUUACGCAAAGGGCAAACGUCAUGGCAAGUUUACAGCCUCGUCGUACGUGAACUCUGAUAUGUACGAGAGUCACUGGAUGUCGAAUGUACUGGAUGCACGCACAGUGCACCUGCAAUCUGGUCAUAUGUACAAAGAAGAACUGAAAGGUGGAGUAAAGGCAGAUGCAGCUCGUAUAGCUAACCAUGCUCCCAUCCUACCACUGCCCAAGUGGACCAUGUUGUGAGAAAACUGACUGCUGCUGAUGCUGCUGCUGCUACUGCUAGACUUGUCCUGUGUGUAGCCUUGUCCAACUCCACUUGUCUUGUACUUUUCCAGAACACGUUGUACAGGUUG